GGGCGGGAGGAAGGGGCCGGAGGAAGGGGUGCGGUCGCAGUCGCGGACCGGGAACCAGCUCCAAGCACCAGCCUGCGGGGCGCACAUCUGGCUCGCAGGGCGCAAAGCUGGCUCGAGAUUCUGUGGCACACGGGUCCCAGCGGCCGAGCUUCAGGGUUAGAGUGAUCUGAACUUAAGGCAAAGGUGGGAUAUCAUGGCAUCUCUCUGGGUGGGACACCGAGGGACAGUGCGAGAUUAUCCAGGCUUUAGCCCAUCAGUGGAUGCCGAAGUGAUUCGUAAGGCAAUCAGAGGAAUCGGAACUGACGAGAAAACGCUCAUCAGCAUUCUGACGGAGAGGUCGAAUGCACAGCGGCAGCUGAUUGUUAAGGAAUAUCAAGCAGCAUAUGGAAAGGAACUGAAAGAUGAUUUGAAAGGAGAUCUCUCUGGCCAUUUUGAGCACCUCAUGGUGGCCCUCGUGACUCCGCCAGCAGUGUUUGAUGCGAAGCAGCUGAAGAAAUCCAUGAAGGGCACUGGAACAAAUGAAGAUGCAUUGAUUGAAAUCUUAACCACCAGAACAAGCAGACAGAUGAAGGCCAUCUCCCAGGCCUACUACACAGUAUAUAAGAAGAGUCUUGGAGAUGACAUUAGUUCUGAAACAUCUGGUGACUUCCGGAAAGCUCUGUUGACUUUGGCAGAUGGCAGAAGAGACGAAAGCCUGAAAGUGGAUGAGCAUCUAGCCAAAAAGGAUGCCCAGAUUCUCUAUAAUGCCGGUGAGAACAGAUGGGGCACAGAUGAAGAUAAAUUCACGGAGAUCCUGUGUUUAAGGAGCUUUCCUCAGCUAAAACUAACAUUUGAUGAAUACAGAAAUAUUAGCCAGAAGGACAUUGAGGACAGCAUCAAAGGAGAAUUAUCUGGGCAUUUUGAAGACUUACUGCUGGCCAUAGUUCAUUGUUCAAGGAACUUGCCUGCCUUUUUAGCUGAAAGACUGCAUCGAGCUUUGAAGGGUGCUGGAACUGAUGAGUUUACUCUGAACCGAAUAAUGGUUUCCAGAUCAGAAAUUGACCUUCUGGACAUUCGAGCAGAGUUUAAGAAGCGGUGUGGCUAUUCCCUACAUUCAGCAAUUAAAUCGGACACUUCUGGAGACUAUGAAGUCACACUCUUAAAGAUCUGUGGAGGAGAUGACUGAGUCAAGAACUUCAUCUCCAAAGGUUGCCUGCUCCCAUGAUGGACUUUUCUAACAGCGCUGUUUACUUCUUUCUCACCAGAUUUAAAAGUACAAGCAAGUAUAAGCAGCAGCCUGUUUUCCUAACUGAAAUUUUCAUUGUUCCAUAACAACAGCAACAAAGUGAUUGUUUUAGAGCAUCUCAUCAUAAUGUAGUAGUUUAUUUAAAAUGGUAUGAAGAAUCUGCUAGUACUAUCCAAAUGAUAUUUCUGCUUGGAAGUCAGAAUCUUUGUACAGUUCUAAAACAUUAAAUGCAAAAGCCGAGUAAUAAAAGUUGUUGCCUUUCUUAAA